GAUCCAAUAGAUGGCACGCGAGGGUUUGUAAACGGAAGUCAGGCCGCCUUAUAUGUGAUGAAGAAGAUGACAUGCAAAGAGAUGAAGAUGAAAAAGAUGACAUGGAAGGAGAUGAAGAUGAAGAUGAAGAUCAAAUUGAAGAUGACAAUUGUGAAACUUUUAAUGAUGAUAGUGAUAAUAAUGAAGAACAUGAGUUUGCUUAUUCUGAAAGUGAUUGAUGAUGGAGCGAUGGUUAAAGGGAAGCAUUCAAAACCGAGACCUAGAUCAACAAAUGCCCUUGGAAGUAUCUCUUUGCCUACAAAUGCCAGUACGUUAGCUGAUAUAUCUAUUCAACAACAAAUGCAGCAGGACUAUAAUGAUGUGCCAUCUAAGACACCUUCUUUGUUGGGUGCAUCUGCAGAGCAAGUUCACAAUGAGACAUCUACUCAUGAUUCUCGUAAAUUCCCAUCUACUGAUUUAGGUGCAAGUGUAGAUGACACAUCUUCAAGGCCAAGGGGUCAAGAGCUGAGUGUGGGAUUACGUACUCCUGUAGAUCCAUCCAACAGAUUACGUAUAACUCUUAUUGGGGAGAAGUAUGUUAUCUUGUUAUAAGUGUUAUUUGUUAAUGAAAUUAUUAUAUUCUGUAAGAAAUUUUAUAGGUUUUUUCGUUGAAAAAAAUUUCCAACAGAAAAAUUAUCAACGGAAUUUUCCGUUGGAACUGAGUUUCCA